CCUCCUGAUUCUGAGCCGCUCGUGGACUUUAACCGCGUGAGGACAAUCUACAAGAACUGAAAUCACCGGGACUCUCCUGCUUUCUCCUCUUCUGUGGGUGUGUGUGUGAGAGAGAGAGAGAGAGAGAGGGAGAGAGAGAGAGAGAGAGAGACUGAUGCGGGAUGCACUGCGUGAGUCUGUCCGGAGAGACUCUGGAUCUUAAGCCGACAUGGUGGGUUGGCAAUAGCCAGUAACUGAAAAUGAGGAGGCGCUGGUGGCGAUCGGGAUGUCUGAGGUCUGUGAUUUGCCUGUUUGUUAUCUUUACCCAAAUCUCAGCUCAAAACACUGAGGACUGGCACUAUGAGGAGUGUAAGUUGUCUCGGACUGGUCCACCUGCUACUAUCGUCACCAUUGAUGAGGAGAGUCCGAAUGGUACGGUUCUGGUGGAAAACAUGCAGAUCAAUGGUCGUGCUCAGGAUCCGUACAGAACCAUCUCUUUGACACUGCUGGACAACUAUGAUUAUUGGGUUAUCCUAAACCCUGCACUGCAGAGACUGUAUCUUAACAGCACUGGACGAGUGCUCGACCGAGACCCACCCAGUUCCAUCACCAGCAUCGUAGUUCAGGUUCAGUGCACCAAUGAGCUGGUGGGGACAGUUAUUCUGCAUGAAGUACGGAUAGUGGUGAGGGACAGAAAUGACAACACGCCUCAUUUCCAGCAACCUCGUUACUAUGUAGCGGUUAAUGAGCUCACUCCAGUCGGUACCACCAUCUUCACUGGUUUCUCAGGAAACAACGGAGCCACUGACAUCGAUGAUGGACCCAAUGGACAGAUUGAAUAUGCCAUUCAGUACAACCCAAAUGAUCCGAUCUCAAACAGGACUGUACGGGUUGCUGGGACUCUGUCUGGUAAUAUUGUUUUGGCAGAGCGACUGAACUAUGAGGAAAGAACUCGCUAUCUAAUUGUAGUCCAGGCCAAUGACCGGGCUCCAUUUCCAGGAAGUCGUCGCACAGCAACCACCACUCUAACCCUGGAUGUUUUGGAUGGAGACGAUCUGGGUCCCAUGUUCCUCCCGUGUGUUCUGGUCAACAACACUCAGAACUGUAACCCCAUCACAUACCGUGUAGCCAUUCCUGAGCUCACAGACCCAAGCAAACUGAACCCUCUGAAUGUGACUCCUCCUAUUCGAGCUGUAGACCAGGACAGAAACAUUCAGCCACCCUCAGAUAGACCCGGAAUCCUAUUCUUCAUACUGGUUGGGCAACCAGCUGCUUACCUAGAAUUCUUCUCACUUAACAAGAGCACAGCUGAGCUUCGGCUGCUGAAACCUGUGGACAGAGAACUAUACCAGCACUUUACUCUCGUCAUUAAGGCUGAGCAGGAUAAUGGUCACCCUCUCCCUGCCUUCGCGGACCUGCAAAUUGAAAUUUUGGAUGAAAAUAACCAGGCGCCAUAUUUCCAACGGCCCUCAUACCAGGGCUUCAUCAGUGAGUCUGCCUCUGUUGGCACCACCAUCUCAGGGAAUGGCAACCUCACAGCCCCACUGGGCAUCAUAGCUUUGGACAAUGACAUAGAAGAGACCAAAGAUCCUCAGUUGCAGAUCACCCUGAAUGACUACACCUCCAUCUUCACCAUCACAUCUACUGGUAUCACGCGGUACCUCACCCUGCUAAAACCAGUGGACAGAGAAAGACAGACGAACUACACCUUCACGCUGGUGGCAACUGAUGGUGUCCAGCAGAGCAGACCUGUGACUGUGGACAUCGUGGUCAUCGAUGCAAAUGACAACACACCCACCUUCACUCAAGUGUCCUACAGUGUGGAGGUCUUCACUAAUAUGCUGCCUGGAGAAACCGUCCAACAGCUGACUGCACAGGAUGCUGAUGCUGGUUUAAACGGACUAAUCACAUACUCUAUCCUUGCUGGAGAUCGGGGCGAUUUCAUCAUCAAUAACCACACUGGUCGAAUCACGUUAGCACCAGGGGUCACGCUGGUCGUUGGUCGUUCCUACGCGCUGACCAUUAGAGCAUCAGACAAUGCUCCUGAUCCAGAGAGGAGCUCCAUAACUACAGUGUACAUUGAGGUUCUCCCACCCAACAAUCAGAGUCCCCCAAGAUUCCCCCUGCAAAUCUACAACCUGGAGAUCAGUGAGGCCAUGAGGAUAGGAGCCACACUGCUAAACCUGCAGGCUACAGAUCGUGAGUUGGAUCCCAUCACCUACUGGAUAGAGAGCGGAGACCAGCAGCACAUCUUCAAUCUAUCACGAACUAUAGGUCUUCUGCUGCUGGCCAAACCUCUAGAUAGAGAGACCACUGAACAGUAUCACCUUAUUGUCACUGCAUCUGACGGCCACCCAGGAGGGACUUCCACUGCUACAGUCAUCAUUGUCGUCACAGAUGUUAAUGACAAUGAUCCCACCUUUGACCUCACUCUACUCAGAAACCUGACAGUGCAGGAGGAAGAGGCCAAUGUGCUUGUUGGUCAAGUCAGGGCCACUGAUGCUGAUGCUGGGCUCAGUGGUCAGGUCCGGUACCGGCUGCUUUCCUUUGCAUCUCUCUUCACCAUAAACGCCACAGGCAGCAUCUUCACAGUGGUUCCGUUGGACCGGGAGAUGCGGAGCCGGUACGAUCUGAUCGUGGAGGCAUCUGAUGGGGCAGUGGACCCCCGCAGGACCACCAUCACACUGCUGGUGGAGGUAACAGACAUCAAUGACAACAGCCCGGUGUUUUCUCAGCCCACUUACACGGUGAAUGUCCCAGAGAACACCCCAGCAGGAACCAUCAUUCUGAGACUUAGUGCGGUGGAUGCCGAUCUAGUCUCUAAUGUGACCUACAGAAUAAAAACAGAAGCCGCUCGGCAGCUCUUUGCUGUGAACUGGCUGACCGGCACCAUAUCAGUGCUGCAAGCUUUGGACUUUGAGGACUUGGCAGCAGGGAACAGCACCUACACCUUUGAAGUCGAGGCAUUAGAUCACGUUGGAGUUCUACCACCUGGCACAGCAACAGUUAUCGUUAGGAUCACGGACAUGAAUGAUUUCUCUCCGGUCUUCAGUCAGGCACUUUAUAAAGGGAUGGUGGCUCCAAAUGCAGAGAAGGGGACAGUCAUCACAACUGUUUUUGCAGAAGAUCAGGAUCCUCCCGGUACGGCGGCAAGUAAUGUGUGCUACAGAGUGGAUCAGGAGCAGUGUCCUUAUAGUGGCAGUAUCUUUGAUGUAGAGCAGGACACGGGCAGAGUUAUCACCAAAGUCAACCUGAACGAGGAGCCCAACGCCAUUUUCAAACUUGUGGUGAUCGCCUAUGAUGAUGGAGAACCAGUGAAGACGAAUAGAACCACUGUGGAAAUCACUGUUCUCCAGCCCUCCAGGAUCCCCAUCUUCACCCAGGAGGAGUACAGAUUUAGUCCAGUGAGUGAGAAUACUCCUAUCGAAACACCUGUGGGACUAAUUCUGGCUGCAGCCGUCAACACUACUGUCUUUUACUCCAUAGUGGAUGGAAAUCAUGGAGGUCAAUUCAAAGUCAAUAACCGCACUGGGAUCAUCUACACAAAUAAAACACUGGACUAUGAGAAGGUGACCAGUUAUGUGCUCCGGGUGCAGGCUGACUCCCUCGGCAUCAUCCUUGCCAACCUACGUGUUCCUUCAAAAACAAACACAGCAAAGGUUUUCAUCGACGUUCAGGAUGAGAACGAUCAUCCACCGGUCUUCACAAGGUCUCUUUACAUCGGAGGAGUGACAGAAGACAUGAAGACCUUCACUACAGUCCUAAAAGUUGUGGCUUCAGAUAUUGACACAGGAAACUACAGUAAGAUGACCUACAGAUUAAUUAUCCCUCCCACGGCCGAAGGGCAGGACAGUUUUGUUAUUGAGCCAUACUCUGGCAUGAUCAAGAGCGCCAUCAUGUUCCGAAACAUGCGCCGAUCCUACUUCAAGUUUGUGGCCAUCGCCACGGACAACUACGGACAGGGGCUGAGCAGCAGUGCAGAUGUAGUGGUGUCAGUUGUGAAUGCACUGGACAUGCAGGUUGUGGUUUCGAAUGUUCCGCCCACAGUGGUGGAGGAGAAUAAAGAGCAGUUGAUAAGUAUUUUGGAACGCUAUGUGCAAGAUCAGAUCCCUGGUGCUAAAGUGAUAGUGGAAUCGAUCGGCCCGCGGCGGUACGGAGAGGGAUAUGAACUGGAGGACUACUCCAAAUCAGACCUACAGGUCUAUGCCAUCGACCCUCUCACCAACAGAGCCAUCUCCAGACAAGAACUCUUCAAAUUUCUGGAUGGAAAGAUUCUAGACAUCAACAAAGAGUUCCAGCCAUACCUAAGUGAGGGCGGGCGCAUUCUGGAGAUACGUUCUCCUGACAUUGGGGCAAGCGUGAAGAAGGCUGCACAGGUGGUGGGCUACACAGAGGGGGCGCUGUUGGCACUGGCCAUUAUCAUCAUCCUGUGCUGCAUCCCUGCCAUUCUCGUCAUCAUGGUAACAUACAAACAAUUCAAAGAGAGGCAAGCCGAGUGUGCCAAAACCGCCCGUAUCCAAAUGGCACUACCUGUUGGCAAAACGACAGCAGCUACUCCGAUCAAUCUCUACGAGGAGCUGGGAGACAGCAGCAUGCGGGGCAUGGGCAGACAGGCUCUCUCCAUGGAAUCAGGUAUUGACCCUGGGCAAGAUUACUAUACCCAAGACUACUAUAGCUACGAUCAGGGAUAUGAUCCCUAUCAACCCUAUGGCAGCCGCAGGAGGCUGAUCACGCCCAUGUAUGAUGAGUACGGAGAGGCCAUCAUGGAGGAUGAAGCUUAUUACUAUGGUGGACCAGAGGCUGGCAAAAAGAAGAGGAUCAAACUUGUUUUAGAUGGAGAGCACGACACAACUUCCACCAGAGAGGACAGUGGACCGGACGUCCUCCGGAAUCGUAUACCCAACAUCAACAGCCACAGUAACAUCAAUGGAUCAGUGUACCUUGCCCAAAACGGUACCAUCAUCCGAACACGGAGGCCCCCUUACCCCAACAACUUAAAACUGGGCUCACCAGUACGAUUAGGUAAACAAUUUAAAAAACUGGAAAAGCUAGGUGUCACACAUGAAGAGCAUUUCCCUUUAAAUGGUACUGCAGAUAAUGGUCCUACUGUUGGCACCACUGCCCUUUCAUCUUUUACUGAUCACAACCUCAACUCCAAAGAUUGCAGUGUAAUUGGCCCUAACUGCAUAGGGCCCAAAUCCAACAUCGAUAAAGCCCGUUUGGACCAGGAUAGGGGGUGCUGUGAGCAGGACUCUUCGGUGGACAACGGGGAGAUUAAAGAGUCGAUAGAGUCUCCGUGCGAGCAAACGCUGUCUGAUGAAGAGGAGCUUUGGAUGGGACCCUGGAACAACUUACACAUACCAAUGACAAAACUCUGAUUUUUAGUUUUACUAAUGCUGAUGGUACUGUAUCUAUUUAGUUUCCUUUUGGGGUUUUUCUAUGUUUUAUUUGGGUUAAUCAAAGAGUCUUGAUUCUGUUGUAUACGCUCCAGACACCGACUAAGAAAUGUGAUUCUCUUAUAGGAUUUAUGUUCUUUUUUAUUUUCAUGAAGGUGACUAUUAUAUUUCAUACUUCUUACUAGUAUCAGACCAAUUGUUGUGGAUGACAGGGCUAUUCUGUGGAAAUUACUUUGCCUCAAGUCAAUCAUUUACAAAAAUGUAUACACUAUAUAAUUAAAAUGAUUAGCUGUUGUCUGAUAUGAUUUCACAAACAGACAAUAUAAAGAAAAUGCAGCUGAUUUAAACAGUUUAGAAAGUGUGUCCAUUACAGCUUUGAUUGAGGAGUAUUUUUAAAAAAUGAAUCUAAAUUGAAUCCCUGAAAUUAUGUAUUAACAGUGAUGACUGCUACACUGAUAGAAUUGUUCCUCACGUGUUUUAUAAUGGAUGUAUUUUUUACAUUGAGAAUACAGUAUAUGAUUGUAAAGACACUAAUAUUUUCAAAAGAUUAUUGAUAGAAUAUAAAUAUACAACUAAGUAGAAAAUAUACAUGUAUUUUGAUAACUUUAACUAUAUGUUAUAUACAACUUGUUUUUCAUUCCUUUUUUCAUUAAGAAAUCAAAUUACUAUUAUAUUACUAUUUACUAUUUAUAUUGAUCACUUUUUUCUUUGCCUUUCUUUUUUUUUUACAUUGGUCAUAUUGUUUGAAGCUUUGAUUUAUUAUUAUCAUGAUUAAAAUGUGAACAUGUGCAGAUGAUGCAAACAUGUUUGUCAAUAAAAAUUGACAAUUACCCCAAAAAAAAAAAAAAAAUCUUCAUUUGUCCUUCAAAGAUGCAACGCAGCUCUGUGCUGGCAGGUAUGAAUGUAUGUCUAUCCAAAAUAUGAUAGCUGCCUGGGAGAGAGGAGACUAUCUCUGAUGAAUACUGAGAGAUCUAGAAUGCUCAUUAAAGCUUUCUGACGUGACGUGAUGAAUAGAAUUUCACACCUGAUACUCUAAAUUUUAAUACGAUACCUGGCUAUCCUGAUCUUUUAAGGAUUUAGGAUUAUUUUGGCUCAUUCAUAUUAUUCAGUACAUUUUUUGUCCCAUCUAGUUAGUUAAUUAGCUAGUUCUCAAUACCACAUUUAAAGGCUUAUUCACUAUGCCCCAACAAAUGCCAAUACACAUGGCUGUAGGUGUCUGUUUAUACAGUGUUAACUCUGUUGGUGUUUGUUGGUGCAGAGUAAACUGUAAACCUGUAAAAGUGAAUAUAGGGGUGAAUUUUAAAUAAUUGUACUAACUUGGGUACUAUGUGCUAACUUA